UGAAAUGCUUACCCGAAGUACGUACUCCCGACUACCAACAUUUGUGUAUGUUAGUAGAGCAGUGUUUACAAAAUAUAAGUCUGUGCAAAAUAGUUCAUGGAGAUCCAAAUACGUCAUUUGUGGAUUAUUAUCCUGAUCUCAUGUGGUGCUAGAUGUGCUGAGAGUCAGACUACAGCCAUCACCUCCCCUGGAGAUAACAGUACAAUCAGCUUCAUCAUCCCACAAAGUGGUCUUGGGACAGGAUCGUCAUUCUUAUUUGUUACACCAAGUGGUGUGAUAGCCUUUAUUGUAUUAUCAUCGGGAACAUUUGUCGCCACAAAUCCUUACAAAGAUAGAAUAGUGUUUGAAGGCAGCUAUUCCUCUGGGAACAUCACAUUUGUCCUGCAGAAUAUAUCAAGAUCGGAUGCUGGACAGUACACCUGUGGCAAUGGGGCUGCUUCUGAUUUGAUACAGGGCUGUGGCUUGAAACUUAUUGUCAUUGGUGAGCCGACCAAGCCAGUCAUAUCACUUCAAUCUACUCCCGUGGUUGACAGGACCGUCACAAUGACGUGCUCGUCUACAUCUACAACAGUGCCUGCAGAUCAUGGACUGACCUUCACCUACACCUGGAAGAUAGAUGGUCUCAACAUUACCUUCCCAGUUGGCGCUAGUCUAACAGUUCCGGUUGACAGUCAUAACCCACCUGGUGUCACCUGUCACGUGACAGAGGAUCGGGGUUUGGGAAGAGACAGUGACGUUCUGAUGUUUACUCCUGACUAUCCUCCGUACAAUGUCAGCAUCUCGCCAACAUCUGUACAAGUCAGGGAGGCUGACGUCGUACCCCAGGUGACGUGUGUCAGCACGUGUCGACCUGCAUGCUCAUAUUCCUGGAAACAAGGAUCUCAGAGAGUCGUGACUGGACAGGUCCUCAGUCUUGGAGCAGCAAACAGGACCAUGGCUGGCAGCUACGUGUGCACGGCGACUAACGUAUAUGGCACAAUACAGAGUCCUGCUGUUUCACUUGAUGUCCAAUAUAAACCAUCUGCAGUUUUAAUGGCUAAUGGUCAGUCCAAUGCAGCUGGAGUUGACGAAAGAGGCUCUGUGGUUCUGUCAUGCGCAGUAGACAGUAAUCCUUUCUCCAGCAUCUCCAUCAUGAACGGCACUAUUCGACUGAACCACGUGACAGAGGCAGCCACCGCCAGUUUCAACUGGACUGGAGCGGAUUGUCUUGACGGCAGCGUCUACACGUGUCUUGCAAGGAACAUAGUUGGUGAAACAACAGCAUCAGUAACAGUAAAUAUAAAAUGUUCCCCGCGGCUCAAUUUCCAAUACCCCACAGGAAGGGACGUGUAUGUUGAUAUAGGACAGCCAAUCAGAUUACAGGUGUACAUCCUGGCCUUUCCACAACCGACCUUCACCUGGUUUAAACAGAAUGGAGGUAGUGCAGAACCUGUCGACCUGUCAAAAUGGCGCCAGUAUGACGAGGCCAUGACGUCUUAUAUUGUCACAGAUAUUGUUGAAGAGACGGAUUAUGGAGUGUAUUAUGUAAACGUCACAAACACACUUGGAAGAUUCCGAAUGCAAUUUCAACUUGGAAAGAAAGCACCGCUUUCUGUACCGGAGAACUUCCAGUGUCAAAACAAAGCCGGCAGCUACAUCCUUCAGUGGACACCGGGUGGUGAUGAUGAGACAAGAGGCGUAGGGUUCUUGGUGGAACAAAGCCUGCCACAGGCUAACUGGACCACAGUCUCCGCCACUGUUGCAAGUGAUGGUAUGAUGAGACAGGUGGAGCUACCAGAGUCUGGAGACAGGACCGUCUUCUUCAGGCUCUAUGCUACAGAGGGUGCUGCAGGGACGUCACCAGUGACGGCAUCAUGUACAACAGUCACUGCUGCAGCCGACAAUGGUGAGCUAUCGUUCGGAGCAGGAGUAGGCGUUGGCCUUGUUGUUGCAGUAGCUGUUGUAGCAGUGUCCCUGGCUGUUGUUUGCAUCUGCAGGAAGAAGUGCCUGUCAUUGAAGAAUGAUCCGUCGAGGCAGAAAGAAGAGGAGUCUGUAUAUCAUGAAGUAGCUGCAUCUUCCGUGACAACCCAGCACAGUCGCCAGCAACAUCGUCAGUCAGGCGCGGGGACAUCUGUCAACACUUACGACGCCCUCACAUCAGACAGGGACACGCCAACUGAAGCACCAGCUUACGAGAAACUAGAGAAACAGUAUGUGAACAUGGCGGUGUCUGCUGAUGAUGAGACCUAACUGCAAAGACCAAAAAGUGUACAAUGUACGAAGGACAAAGCAGCACAUUCGCAAGACACACAAGGCCUCAUUUUACUCUUCCAUGAGGUCUUGGCUUACAUCAGUCGCCUGACUGUCUCUUUCCAAUUGAAAGCGUCUGAGGCGCCAUCAUUCGAAGUGCAGAGCUGCACCACUUUAGCGUGCCAUGGCCAGAAACCCGUGAUCGUGUGUCUCUCAGAUUCGUUGUGGUAACCUUAUAGCUUUUAUAGCACCAUUCAAGUGCUCACGGGUUUCAUCAAAUCAGUUUUCCUCCCACACCAAGCUUGAACGCCAUAUAUAUAUAACUGAACAAUUCUUGCACAGCUGCGUUAAACUCCUUACCCAAUAAGAGCUACAAUCGCUAAGCAACCAAACUGCAACUUCAUUGCUUUUUCUUAAACUAUAUUUGAUGUCAGAGAUGUACAUUGUUUCACCAAAGCAAUCUUAUUUUCAGAAACUUAUACAUAUUUACAUAUAUAUACAUAUACACAUUUUUUAAGACAGCUUAAGAGAGAUUAUUUAUUCUCUGAGAAUGGUUAGAUAUAGCUGCAGUCACUAAAGCGCUGUGCAGUAUGGAACAAUACGGCGGGCUUCACAAACACACAUGCCACGACAUAGUAUACACAUAAAGCCUCAUAGUAGACUUGACGUACGUAUGAAGCGUUAACUUAUUUUAUAAUCUCGUGUGCGGAAAUAUCGUUAUGAUAUUGAGGGGCAGCACUACCCAAUCGUCACCCAGUUCUCCAUGUACAUCUGCAUUUCUUGGACGUACCAGAAAACUGCGAGCUUCGGUUCGAAUACCAGAUUCGCCCUCUUUAUAAUUCUAGGUUUGUCAGCAUUAUACCAAUGCUCGUGAGUUUCACCAAAGUUGACACACCCUGAUAAUAAUACUCACUAAAGUAGGGUUAGCUAACUCACUCAGCUAAACAAUUGUUCAACAAACUGUAUACGCACAAAAUAUAAAUAUGAUUUUGAAAAUGUACAUUAUUAUCAGUCUUACUUCUUUCAUUUGGAGCCUCUUGACAUCGUUUAUCUAUUGCGCCAAGAAGAUUAUGAUAAUACCUGACACCAGCUGUGACAAUCAACUCACAGACCAUAAGAAAAAAAGUGUUAAUCUGUGUUAUG